ACCAAAAACCAAACCUUCUCUCAUUACACCUGCAUGUGCUGCGACCCGUCCCCAAACCCGACCCGACCCAUAUUUCUCAACCCGUUUUUUGCCUUUUUUUUUUCCUCUGUUUUUAGCCGCCGUCGUUAAAUCGUAGAAACACACACCGUUCCCGAGUGACUGAAUCUUCGCCGGAGUUUUUUAACGCCGAUGACGAUAGCGUCAGCGCCAGCACGCCAGACAGAUCGAUCAGCAGCCACUGGUUUCACCCCUGCUUUCGCUACGACGGCGAAGGCGGUGGUGACCGUUCCCGUUCAGGUUCCGCCUGGGACUGUUGUUUCCGAAGGACUAGGGAAAGAUGCGUUGAUCUCGUGGUUCAGAGGCGAGUUCGCGGCGGCGAACGCUAUAAUCGACGCCAUGUGCUCGCAUCUCAGAGUAACAACCGAAGAAGCAGUUUCCGGAUCGGAGUACGAAGCUGUUUUCGCCGCGAUCCAUCGCCGGCGUCUGAACUGGAUCCCUGUUCUCCAGAUGCAGAAGUAUCAUUCCAUCGCUGAGGUCGCGAUCGAGCUCCAGAAAGUUGCGGCUAAGAAAGCGGAGGAUCUCAAACUGAAGAAGACAGAGGAGGCUGAGCAAGAUCUGAAAGAAGCGGCGACGGCUGAGGAGGAGGAGGAGAAAGUGAUCAAGAAGAAGGAUGAUUGUAUUGACGGCGAGAAAGUAACGGAAAAUGAGAUUAACGGAGAUGUUGAAGACGUUGAAGAUGAUUCUCCGACUAGUGAUAUCACUGAUUCAGGUUCUCAUCAGGAUGUUCACCACACUGCUGCUGCGGAUACCACACAUCAGAUUAUAUGUCAGAGCCAUGAAGAUUGUGAUGCACGCUCAUGUGAGAUUAAACCUAUCAAAGGUUUCCAAGCCAAAGAGCAAGUGAAAGGCCACACUGUUAAUGUUGUGAAAGGACUAAAGCUGUAUGAAGAAUUACUUAAAGAAGAUGAGAUAUCUAAAUUGAUAGACUUUGUGGCAGAACUUCGAGAAGCUGGCGUUAACGGGAAGCUUGCAGGUGAGACUUUUAUACUGUUCAACAAGCAGAUUAAAGGGAACAAGAGAGAGCUGAUCCAGCUUGGUGUCCCCAUCUUUGGCCAUGUUAAGACAGAUGAAAAAUCCAACGACAGCAACAACUCUGUUAACAUUGAGCCAAUUCCACCACUUCUUGAGAGUGUCAUUGAUCACUUUGUCACAUGGAGACUCAUCCCAGAGUACAAGAGACCAAAUGGUUGUGUCAUCAACUUCUUCGAAGAGGGUGAAUACUCACAGCCUUUCCUCAAACCACCUCACUUAGAACAACCAAUCUCCACUCUUGUCCUCUCUGAAUCAACAAUGGCCUUUGGACGUAUUCUCUCAAGUGACAACGAAGGCAACUUCAGAGGACCUUUAACUUUGUCUCUCAAACAAGGGUCUAUGUUGGUGAUGAGAGGGAACAGUGCAGACAUGGCUAGACAUGUAAUGUGCCCAUCACAAACCAAAAGAGUAAGCAUCACGUUCUUUCGUAUUCGACCUGAAUCAUAUCAUAACCAUUCACGACCCACAAGUCCUCACAACGACGGUGUAAUGACAAUGUGGCAACCCUACCAAAUGGCACCAACUCCAUUCCUCAAUGGCUAUGAUCACUCAGUUGACAUGAUGCCAAAACUUGGAGUCCUACGUCCUCCAAUGGUCAUGAUGGCACCACCACCGGUUCAACCAAUGGUAUUACCAAGUCCAAAUGUGAUGGGAACUGGUGGUACAGGCGUUUUCUUACCAUGGGCAUCUGUUAAUAGCUCAAGAAAACAUGUGAAGCAUUUGCCUCCACGUGCGCAGAAGAAGCGAUUACUCCCGCUUCCUCCUGCUGCUUCUUCUUCUCCAGCUGGAGGAUCCACCUCUGAGCCUGUGAUCAGUGUAAAUUGAUCAUAAGCCUUUCGACUUCUUCAGCAAUACAAGCUUUGAUCAUCUGGUCCGUGUCUAAGCCGUGCUCUGUUUCUUUCUUCUCUCUCGAGUCUCUUUUGUUCCUGUUUCCUUUUAUUUUCUUUUUCCAAAUUCAGUUUAGGUUAACUCAGGGUUUAUAGAUAGAAGAAUUAAGUUUGUUACAUCCCCAGAGGCAGUAUUUUCUAUUUUGUGUACGAUUUUUAUUAUCAGUAUAUUUCUCAAAAUGUUACAUUUC